AUGGGUCAUACACAACAAACAGCUUGUAAAUCAAUCGGUGAUAGAACAACUCGUCGAACUGCUGCCUAUCAAGCGUACGCUCUGCAACGACAAGCUGAAGCUCAAGAACAAGGGCGAGAAGAAUUAACGGAAGAUGAACUUGCAGCCGCAGCACCGGUCGAUGUCAUUUAUGAUGUCAGUUAUGAAAGUUCAUUUUAUGCUCAUUAUUUUACUGCUCAAGCAACGACAACAGACAUGUUAAUACCAUUAUUUGGUGUUGCUACAACGAUUAAUCCAUUGGAAAAUGGCGAUCAAAAUGUUGAACAUUGGCUCAGUGUAAAUUUGAACAGUCGCUUCGAUGGUCCAGGUAUUCGUUCAAAUAAUGUUCGACUCGAACUUGUUAUAACACUUGAUGUAUCCGGUUCGAUGUCCGGUCGAUUCGAAGGUGAACCAGGUAAAACAAAAAUUCAAAUUGCUCAACAAUCUUUAUUAACACUUCUCAAACAACUUUCACCUGAUGAUGCACUCGGUAUUGUACUUUUUAACAGUACUGCAACAGUUUUACAUCCCAUCGAAAAAGUAUCGUCAAUCAAUAAAGAACAAUUGAAAGAAGAUAUUUUAAAACUACGUGCUUCUGGUGGAACGAAUAUUACUAAAGCAGUGAAAUGA